AUGGCCCUCUCAGUCAAAGGAAGAACCGCCAUUAUCACUGGCGCUGGCUCUGGAAUCAACUUUGCCUACGCCAAACUACUGAUAGAAAAUGGAUGCAAUGUCUUAAUAGCGGACCUGGCUCUACGACCUGAGGCCAAGACCCUGGUUGAGACAUACUCCACUGGGUCGCCGCGAGCCAUCUUCCAGCAGACCGACGUGUGUGAGUGGUUACAGCUGGAGCGCAUGUUUGAGGUGGCCGAGAGAGAAUUCGGCGAAGUCGACAUUGUCUGCCCCGGUGCUGGAGUUUACGAACCACACUGGAGCAACUUCUGGCGCCCACCUGGCUCGGCGCCCAGCAAAGACGCGCGUGACGGAGGCCGAUAUGCCCUGGUGGAUAUCAACAUCACACAUCCCAUCCGCACGUCGCAGCUUGCGAUUGCGCACUUCUUGAAGCACCGCGGCAAUGGCCGCCCGAAGCAUCUCAUUCACAUCUCCAGUAUCGCUGGUCAGAAUCCCGCCAUGGCAGCGCCGAUUUACGUUGCCACGAAACAUGCUAUCAACGGGCUGGUCCGGUCGCUAAGCAAGCUCGACCGUCUUGGCAUUCGAGUCACGGCGGUGGCGCCCGGUGUCAUUAAGACGCCGUUGUGGACCGAGCAUCCUGAAAAAUUGAAGAUGGUGGAUGACAGUGCGGACGAAUGGGUGACACCGGAAGAAGUCGCAGAGGUUAUGCUGGCACUCGUCCAGCAAGACCAGGUGAGUGAGAUCAUCGGGGAUCGAUCGGGCAAGGGUCACCAGUAUAAGGUUGUGGGAGGAACGAUUCUCGAAGUAUCGAAGACGGUGCGUGAAGUCACUGCCUUCAACGAUCCAGGCCCUGGAGACCGGCCAGGCAACACGGCGUCCGACCACGGAGCUGUGGAGGAGGAAAGUUUCGGUCUGCUCUUGCAAGAGGGAUGGGGACUGGGAGCCAAGUUGUAG